CCACCAACCAUAACAUCUAGUUCGUUCUAUUUCAAAGGUUAGGAUACUUUAUAACCUUUCAUUUUUAAGAUUUGUACAGAAAUGAAUAAAAAUUAAAAUUUUUAAUUAAUAAUAUAUGUUGCAUUUAAUGAAUAAUAUAUGUUGUAUAUAAAAUAAAUGAAUUAUGUUCAUGUAAUGUAUCAAUGUAUUAAACAUUUUGAGUAAAAACAUCGUCGACAUAAAUUUUAAGGUUAAUAAUAUUAUUGAAAGAAAUUACAAUCAUGAACGAAGAAUGUAAUUCUGUUGUAAUAGUUAAAGCAAAGCCUGUUCGUAAAAUAUUCAAAGCCCCGGUUAAAAUGAAUAAAAUACCUGAAGAAAUCUUAAAUGAUCCUUUGUUAAAUGCAGCAAUUGCUGCAUUACCUUCUAAUUACAAUUUUGAAGUACAUAAAUCAGUGUGGAGAAUUAAAGAAGCAAAAGCAAAAAGAGUCGCAUUGCAAAUGCCUGAAGGGCUUUUAAUGUAUGCCACAACUAUAGCUGAUAUUAUAGAAGGUUUUACAGAUGCAGACACUAUUAUAAUGGGAGAUGUUACCUAUGGAGCAUGUUGUGUAGAUGAUUAUACUGCAAAAGCAUUAGCUGCAGAUUUCUUAAUUCAUUAUGGUCAUUCGUGUUUAAUACCAAUUGAUCAGACUGUUGGUAUUAAAGUACUUUAUGUGUUUGUUAACAUAAAAAUUGAUACAUCUCAUUGCAUUGAAUGUUUACGAGCUACAUUGCCAAUUACAACAAAAAUUGGGCUUGUAAGCACUAUACAGUUUGCUGGUACGUUACAAGCAAUUGCAAUGGAAAUGAGAAAAAAUGGUUACGAAGUAUCUACUCCACAAAGUAAACCAUUAAGUCCUGGCGAGAUUUUAGGUUGUACAGCGCCACAGAUUCGAUGCGCUGAUGCAAUUAUCUAUGUAGGAGAUGGUAGAUUUCAUUUAGAAGCAGCGAUGAUUGCUAAUCCAAAAUUACGAGCAUUUCGAUACGAUCCCUACGAGAAGAAAUUGACAGAAGAAUUUUAUGAUCAUGAACAGAUGCUAAAGACUAGAUUAGCAGCAAUUGAACAUGCAAAAGAGACGGGAAGAUUUGGAUUGAUACUUGGUACUUUAGGUAGACAAGGAAAUCUCAAUGUUUUAAAAAAUUUAGAAACCAAAAUUAAUUUAUUGGGCAAGGAAAACAUUAUUAUAUUGCUCUCGGAAAUAUUUCCAGAUAAAAUUAAGUUAUUUAAAGGCAUUGAUGCUUUUAUACAGAUUGCGUGUCCGCGGUUAAGUAUAGACUGGGGUACAGCUUUUGAAAAACCUUUUCUUACCCCAUAUGAAGGAGCUGUUGCUUUAAAAAUGAUAAAUUUUAACAAUGAUAAACCAUAUCCUAUGGAUUUUUAUGCUUCAGCUAGUCUUGGACCAUGGACUCCUAAUUAUAAAGAAUCUGAAUUAGAAAAACAAACUAACACUUGUUGUGGUAAAUGUAAAGAUAAAACAUAAAUAAUAAAAAUUAAUUUAUAUUUAACUUAA